AUGACUCCAGGAACAAUACUGGAGCGCAGCAACGGAGCCGUGCUGGCAAUCUUUCUGUCUGGUUGUUACCAUUACUUCUUGGAGCUGUGCUACUCGCUCUGUGCAUUCUCUGUUGUCUGCCCCAAUGCACCGAAGAAUAAUGCUCAUCAUCUAUGGUGGGGUGGCAGAGAUGGUGGCCGGGGUGAUCGAGUUGAUUAUCCAGAGGGACAUUCCAAUUCUGCUGCCAUUUCUCCUUCUGACUCACAAGAAACUUCAUCUACUGCACAGGCAACACGCAGCGCUUCUUCUGCGCCAUCUGCCAAGCCGCGUGGAAUAUUCAAGAAAAAUUCUGGUAGAAACAUUGACAGAGAGGACGUCACGCCUUCUGUGCGAGACAUGUAUGGAGCAUCUAGGGAUAGCAGUAAUGCAUCGCACUAUGCCGCAUCAGGAUUUUAUGGAAGAAAGCAAUUUGAAACUGAUGCUCCAAGCCGAAAUGCGAGUUCCAGUCGCGCGGACUAUUUGAGCACGUCGGAGAAGACCAACAACAACGGGAUGAACUUAAGGUCGAAUCUGGAAGAAUACGUGCAGCGAGCUCAUUCUCAACGCAACAGCCAGCGUAGCCAGUAUGCGUCUCGUUUGGAGUUUAACGAGCCGGACUUAUUUAGCGAACGCGGAGUGGACAUUGGCGCUGAGACCACAGAUGCUGCCGAAGAGCUACUCGGAAUGGCGUCACUGCCUUAUUGCUGGAUCGCCAAUGAACAGGGCGAGCAGCCUAAAGGUGACGUCGCUCGAAGAGGAGGCUGGUCGUCCUGA